UUGUACGAGAAAAUAGCAAAAAAAAAGAAAACAUUAAUCAUUACCAAAAAACCAAAAAAAAAAAAGGGAAACUUUUUUCCUCAACGUUCAUUCUUUCUCUCUCCAAACCCUAAAAUUUUCCAACAUUGGAUCUUUCUCACCGUACGGAAGGAAUUCUCUUAAAAGGACUUUUACCCAAUUUUACCCUUUCUUGAUCUUGGAAGCUUCUGAUCUCUUUUGAUAGCUUUUCUUUUUUCUUUGUCUCAGGUUCUUUCUCAAAUCUUCUAAUCAAGGUACAAUUUCCCCCCCUAAAGAGACAUUAAGUUUUAGUUCGCGCAGAUUAGAAUGGAUCAGCAAGGGCAUGGACAGCCCCCACCUAUGGGGAUGAUUGGUAGUGGAGCUCAAGUGCCUUACGGCAGUAACCCGUAUCAGAACCAAGUGGCUGGAGGCCCAAAUCCAGGGUCAGUUGUAACAUCAGUUGGAGCCAGUCAGCCAACAGGAGCUCAACUUGCGCAACACCAACUUGCUUAUCAGCAAAUCCACCACCAGCAGCAACAGCAACUUCAGCAACAACUCCAGGCAUUUUGGGCAAAUCAGUAUCAAGAAAUUGAGAAAGUUACUGAUUUCAAGAACCAUAGCCUUCCCUUAGCCAGGAUCAAGAAGAUCAUGAAAGCUGAUGAAGAUGUGAGGAUGAUAUCAGCUGAGGCCCCUGUCAUCUUUGCCAGGGCAUGUGAAAUGUUCAUCUUAGAAUUGACAUUGCGUUCAUGGAAUCACACAGAAGAGAACAAAAGGAGGACACUUCAGAAAAAUGAUAUUGCAGCAGCAAUUACCAGGACUGACAUAUUUGAUUUCUUAGUUGACAUAGUUCCAAGGGAGGAUUUGAAAGAUGAAGUUCUUGCAUCAAUUCCAAGAGGAACAAUGCCUGUUGGGGGGCCUGCUGAUGCGCUGUCUUACUACAUGCCUGCCCAGCAUGCACCUCAGGUUGGGACUCCAGGAAUGAUUAUGGGGAAGCCCGUUAUGGAUCCUGCUAUGUAUGCCCAGCAGUCUCACCCAUACAUGGCGCAGCAGAUGUGGCCAUCAGGUCCUGAACAACAGCAGUCAUCUUCUGAUCAUUAGUGGCUCUAGCAUAGAAGACUAGUUCCUAGAGACAUCUUGAGAAUGUUUACGGAGCAGAAUAAGGAGCCUUCUCCUGGUCAAAAGCCUUGGUCAAGAUUCUAGCUGAAGAUCAGACUUUUGUAUAUACUAUGCUGGGAAGAGUGACUGAUCAUAUGAUUGAACAAUUUACUUUUCCUUUCUAUGCACCUUUCUUCUUUUUCAAUCUUGCUUUUCUAUCUCGUUUGGAGUUGGAAAUGAUUACUUAGGGAUGUAAAAUUAGAAAUAUGUAGAAAAUUUUAUUAUGAAGUACUAUUUCCUUCUAUAGCUGGUAUCAAAUAGUCAUCUUCUAUUCCUUUCA